AUGCUCUCCUUUCAAAUUGCAAAAUGCACCCCUUUCAAAUUGCAGGAGGUCACUGCAGGACAGGAUGAACUGUUUAGUUACCACUUGCGCGACUUGGGAGUGCCAAAGGAUGAGGGGGAAGAAGGCCAAGCGGACUGCUCGAAAGACCCCCUCCGUGGUUACAACUACCCUGUGAGUGAUCACGAAAAUUACUGCUACGGUGGGAGUCAUGAAGACACGGACGAUGGGGGAGGCGCGGUUGGCGAGUCAGCCUCAGCGUCAACGAGAAAGUACUCGGUGCUCAAAAGUGUCAACUCGUGGACGCACCUAAAGGGGAACAACCGCUCAGGAAACAGCAGCUCAGGAAGCAGCAGCUCAGGGAACAACCGCUCCGGAAACAGCAGCUCAUGGAACAACAGAUCAGUCGGCGCGACGGGAGAGUUUGCAAAGAAUAGCGUCUCAGUGCGUAUGGCUAGCUGCAAACCGUUGGAGGGACUGGAGAAGGACUUCCUGGCCUACUCCAAUUACAUGAAGGCAUCUCUGAGCGAAGUGACCUCUGUUAAAACGAACAGUCACGAACUGAACAAGCUCCUCGGAAAUGGACUCCAAGGGUCUAAAAUAUAUUUCUUUUAUGGGAAAAAAAUAAAAAUGAAUAAAAUAAUUUCGCUCAAUUUAUUGUUCGACUUCCUCUCUGGGAGCUCCCCCACUGCAGUCGCGGUGUUCAUACACUUCAGCUACAUUAACGAUGUUACAAUAAUUGAAAAUAUUUUAAAAGAAAAAAUCAAAAGGGGGAGAAAAAACCAGCACUCGUUGGAGGACAUACUUAACAGGUUAUUCAUUUUUCGGGUCCGAAAUUGGAGCGAACUUGUCUCCUUUUUGGCAAAUGUAAGAAGAGGGGGGAGGAGACCCAAAAAAGGGGAUCAAAAGAACCCAUUUGCAAGCCAGCUAGCCAAUAUAGCAUGCAUAGGAAUAGACAAUUUCACAAAUUUGUUGAAGCAUCUAAAUGUACAAAACUCCAACACGUACUUCUACCUCGUCCGAGAGUUAAAAAUUUUAUCCGUCAUGUUGGGAAUUCCCAUCCUUAUAUUUGACUAUGCAAAGUAUCAAGUAGGAGGAACACUCGGAUGGGGAAAAAGAAACUACAAAGAAGAAGACACACAGGAGGGUAAGCUCAAAGGGAAUGAUUACAGGUACGGAAGCAGCAAAACGAAACAGAACGCGAAUGGUUGUACGAGUUAUGGAAAGACAAGCCGUUUGAACCUCUCAGAAGGGGAGGAACAUGCAACGAAUGUGCUCACGGAUGAUGUGCAAAAUUGGACGGGUAGGAAGAAUAAAAGGGCCAACUGGAAAACGAGCGGACGUCUCUUUGGCAGCAACGAUCAGGGAAGCACGGACAGCAGUCGAGGCACGGACGACUCGGAGUCCUACGCGGAUUACCACCGGGGGGGAGGCAACCCUGCUGAUAGUUCUGGUAGUUCUGCCAUAUUAGGAAGUGGGCGAAGUGGUGACGGUGGGCGAAGUGGUGACAGUGGACGCAGUGGUGACGGUGCUCGAAGUGGUGACAGCGCGCGAAGUGCUUAUAGCGGGCGAAGUGUUCACAGUGGGCGAAGUGUUCACAGUGGGCGAAGUGCUCACAGUGGGCGCUCCCCUCGUGGAUGCUCCCCCCCCCUGUGCGAAUCAACCGAGACGGAGCAGGAGGACGCGCCCCCCAUCAGCAUCCGCAUCGAAGAAACCACACGACAGGGAGCAAAUGAUGAUAAAAAAAACGCAUUCCCAACACUACACAACAGAAAGUACAACUCAAACAAAACGUCCGUCCCGCAAUUCACGUAUAACUUAUUCGACUGUGUCCUCGAAGUUGAGAUCCUCCAAAAGAUGCGUGGCGGAAAAAACUUGGUUCGAUUCACUCUACUCAAGUCACAGAAUAGCAUUACACAUUUCUACAUCAACUGCUGCAUUCAAAAUUAUACGCUGACGGACGUGCCGUAG